ACGGUCGCGCGGAUGAUUCGAGUUUGAUUUGAAUCUGCUGUGGGAGUGGAGCGGCUAUGCUAAGCUAAGCUAAGCUACACACAGCGCUGAGUUAUGCAGCGCUAGCUAUGGAUAACUCAUCUAUUUUGUCCGGGGCGGCUCCGGACACCUCCCGGGACUCCUCCGGUUCUGCUCCCGGUAACAGGAGCUUACGGGUGGCGGAGAAUGAGAAGAGGAGAAGCGAGAGAGACCCGGUCCGGUCCGCGCUGAGCUUUCUCUCUCAGGUGCAAGACGGCACUAUUGUGAAAGGAAAUGACCAGCUGGAGAAGAGUCUGGUGGUGGUGGAGACUGUUGCUCUUGGUCGGGGUCUCCCUCCUGAAGCUGUUUCCUUGCUUCUUGACUUGGCCUUAAGUCUCCGUGCAGGCAGUGUGAACUGUGGCCGAAUUUUGAAGUUUCUAAUACCUGCUUCAGUAGUGCCUCAGGAGGCCGUUGUACGAGGAGUCUCAUGGCUUUGUGUGGGAAGAUUGCCAAUGAAUUCUCAGGUUCUUUUUCUUCGCUGGGUUCUCACUGUUUUUGACCUUAUUGACUUCAAAGACCACCUAAGAGCCAUUUAUGGCUUCAUUUUCAGCUUUGUGACUGAAGAAAAUCUGUGUCCCUUCAUCUGCCACCUGUUGUACCUUUUAACAAUGAGGGAGCAUGUUCAACCAUACAGAGUAAGAAAACUGUUGGAAAUCCAGGCUAAAAUGGGUAGACAGCCUUACCUGAUGCAGCUGCUUGCCCUGUACAAAGUCUUCCGGCCUGAGCUGGUGUCUCUCUCAGUACCAUCAAGAAUGAGGGCUGGAUUCAAGAACUAUAAUUCCACCUGGAAGGCGACUCUCACUGCUGUACAGCGGAAGAACAGGGGUGAUGUGACUGCAGACCUCAGCCUCACUACAGAGUUAAAGGAAAAACCUGCUUCUAGAAAAAGGAAACUGCAUCAUCUGGAGGUGCCUGCUCUGAGCUCAGCGUUUGACACCAGCGCUGAGAGGAAAGUCUUCCGUCUGCAGGAAAUGCGCACCUUUGAAGAGCUAUUGCAGAACAUCCACAAUAUAGAGCUGCCAGCCCAAAUGGGUUCUCUCCUGGGAUCUUCUCUGGCUCUCCACUUUCUGGACUGUGUUCAAGACGAGUCUGCCUUCCUGCGCCUCAACUUCUGGCUCGGACACUCGCUGCAGGAGGAGUUCCUGCUGUGUUCUGCGGAUGGAGGCUCGGACAGCCCGGAUGAAGUUGCGAGGUUCCUAAAUACUGUGCUCUCUUCACAACAGUUCCUCCAGGAGGGUUUCUUCAGCACAGAGAGCUUCCUCUACAAGUUCCUGAGUGUGUGGGAUGGCUCGCUGCUACGGACCCACAUCUUGGAUCUGCUCAGUCACAUUCCUUUGAUGCCCAGCCAUUAUAUCAAGAUUCUUGUCUUUGAGCCACUGAUGCAACUCUACUUCACCUCAACCGUGUUCUUUAAGUGUAGUGUUAUCGAGUGUCUCAAUAACAUGCUGGUGAAGUGGCUGACCUGGCAUUCUGUCAACGCUCUGGAGGAAGGUCUGGACAUCAGCCUCAACAGCAACGGCACAGUUACUAUGACCCUGUCUGGCUUCAUGGAUACAGUCAUAGAGCUGGUGCGGUUUGUUGGACGUCUGGCUUCGGAGGGAUUACGGCUGGAGAACUGCCAUGUUCUGCUCCUCAGCCAAACACUCGCUUUCUAUGAGACGGUGUGCGAUAUGUUUGUGAGAUAUGGCUUGCCUCUGGUCAUCAUGCCCCCGGCUGGCGUGUUUUAUCCCGCUCUCCUCGCUACAGACUCGCUCUCUGUGGAUCGGCUAGGCUACAUAAUGUACAGAUACCGGAAAAAUCUGACCUUGGCUAAAAAGCAAGAGCAGCAGAGUGAGCAAACAUUUCACAUAAGCAGGAACACGUACCAAGAGUUUAACCAGCACCUUGUGGCCAUGGUGAGCUGCCUGUGGAACUCCAAGUCGUUCUUGCCAGGCACCGGCAUCGAGAUUGACAAGCAGAUGCUCCUCCAGUCCAAAGUGUCAGAGCACUGGAGCCAUUUUGACCUUGUUCACCACCCAGCCUUCUUUAAGUACGCCUUUGAGUUUCACCAGAAGUGCUGGCCAGCGAGGAGCAGCGUGGACCUGGCCUCCAUAAAGGUCGGGAAAUACUGGAACUGGUAUGUGGAAUUCCUGUUCAGCCAGGGCUUCGAUGGUCUCAGUGACUUCAUCCAGGUGAACACCGGCCACAGCAGCUCCUCCGGCUCAAGUAGCCAAGGUGAUGGUCAUCAAACCAACCAGGAGAGAUGAUGAAUGGCAGAGGUUGUAAUAUCUGAAGAGGCUACAAAGAAACUCCAUUGGCUGCACUGCACAUGUGGCUCCGUGGUUUCAGUGGUCAUGUACAUAUUUUAUUAUCUCCUCUAAACAGGACUUAUAGAGGAAACCACAGUAAAUUUGUAAAUAGAACUGUAUAUUACUUUCUGCUUGGAUUGUUCUUAUUUGUUCAUAAUGCUCCUUUUUAAACUGUUCCUUAGUUAAUUUAAUAUCCUUUCUUUUUACAUAAUGUCUUUGCUUUUAAGCACUGCCAAUGUUUUGGACCCUGGCAAGUGAUGUGUGUUUGAUGAUUACACAGCGCUACAACUACCCAGAGCUGUAUAGACUAAUUGACGACUAUUUUAUCUCAUGUUCUUGCAAAAUAAUUAUGGUAAUCUUCACUUUCUUAAGAUAUUUUUUUUUGCCUGUGGAAUCUUUUAUGCUUACAAAAGUAAUACACUAGUACAGAAAAAGUAUAAAAGGGCUUAUCCAGUUUUUUUUUUUUUAUCUGGUUUUCCUUUUAAUGUCCCUCAAACAAACACAAUGUUUUAUCUUAAUUUCCAAUUAAAAUUCAGUGGAAAGAAGUUUGUGUUACCUUAUAUAGAUAUAAAAGGUAUUUUGUUUGAGAAACAUUCAUUUGUUCAGUUUACCUAGACUUUAGGUAUCUAAUCAAUACAGAUCUACAGCAGUGGUCUUCAUUUCUCCUGGAGAACUACUUUCUCUCAACAGGAUCCAACCCUAAUCCACCAUUGCAUUGUUAUUCACACAGUAAUGUGCAUUAUACGUUGCAGUUUGUUUCAUUGGCUUAAGUAUAAAAUGUACAUGUUCUUACCAGACUGUGGCCAAAAUAAACAACUGUUCAUUUC